AUGGUGUCCGGCAGCAACAUCAACCUGACUUGCUCGGUUACCGGGAGUCCUGAGCCUCCCCAGUACAUCUAUUGGUAUCAGGGUACCAAGCUCAUCAACUACAGUUCCCGUGGCGGCAUCAGCGUGGUGACAGACAAGCACUCGCGCACUUCCAAGCUAGUGGUGACCCGCGCCACGACAGCCGACUCCGGAAACUACACUUGCGCUCCUGCUAACGCCGAGCCGGCCUCCAUUAGCGUGUACAUCAUUAAUGGCGAGUACCCCGAAGCCAUGCAGGGCGGGGAGAGCACCAGCGUCCACUGCCAGUCCUUUGCGUCGCUCCUGCUGCUGGGCUACACCGUCCUCAGGCUACCGGUGCUCAUCGAGAGAUAG